CCAGCGGCUGCGGGGCGAGGGUUGUUCCCGUCCUGGCCGGUGUCGGCACGCUGGUGGCUCACCUGACGUCGUGGAAGUAGAGAGUUAAUGAUGACGCCAUGGAGGUCGACGGUGUGACGGUCGGAAGCGUCACUCCGAUGAUGAAGAUGAUGAGGAAGAGCAUCUGCGGCAUCAUGUCAGCAGGACGAUGAUGCAGAGGAAGAAUCUUCCUGGUAGCAGCCUGCCCACGGCUUGAGGAACCCCAGGAGCAGCCAGGGCCCCCAAACAUGGACGGACUGCGGCUGCCCCCCCUCAUUGAGGAGGUUCUGGACUCCUGCGGCCAGCCGAAGGACGAUAUGUAUGAGAGGACACAAGAUGGAGGAUUGGGCGAGGAAGCGGCGGGCGUGGAGGAGCUUCGACUUCGCCUUGUGGAGCUCCUGAUGGAGUUGGAGGAGACACAGCAAGACUCACGCAGACACAAGGAGAACUUUCUGGAAAUGCGCACCAUGUUGGAGGACGAGCGAGCGGCUCGCGCCCGCCAGGCAGAAGCGUUCAGCCGACAAAUUGAAGCUCUGAAAGUCGAUUUGGUGGGCGCCCGGCAGGAGCUGGCGGUGGCCGAGCAUGAGAAACAGUGCGAGCUGGAGGAGGCCCGAGCGGAGCUGCGGUGGGCGGCGGAGGCAGCGCUGGAGCUGCAGGAGGCCGGCGAGGAGGCGGCGGCAGAGCGGGAGAACGACAUCGCCUGCCUACAGGAGGAGCUGUGUCGCCUGCGGGUGCAGCUCCAGCGCCUGCGUGACGAGGCGGGCCAGCACGAGGCCGAGGUCGCCACAUUGAGGACGGAGAGCGGUGGAGACCGAGCGAGUCUGGAGGAGGAGUUUGCCUCUCUGAGCCGCGAGCAUCUUCUGCUGAGCGAUGCCAACCGGGAUCUGAGCUCCAAAGUGAGACAGGAGGAGCAAGAGCAGCCGGGUCACAUGACGGAGGACGACGCCUACAUCAGUCUGUGCCGGCCCGCUCCCAGUCUUCCGGACGUCGGAGAUCUUCAGAUGCAGCUGCAGCGAGCCCAGGACAGCGGGCUCCAGGUGCAGACCGAGCGCGAGCGCGUGAAGCGUUCACUCAGCUCACUUCAGGCUCUCCAUGAUGACAGCCGGCACGAGUGCGCCGCCCUGGAGGAAGAGCUGCGUCGCUGCAAGGCGGAGCUGCGGCGGCUGCGUGGCGAGAAGACGCAGGUGCGGGGCGACGCGGGAGGUUGGAACCUUGUGCCGGUGGCGGUGAUGGUGGCAGCCAUCUUGGUUCUGGUGGUCCCCAGUUUGACCCGAGCUUGACAGGAAGUGCCAUCAUGGAACCCAGACACGGAGCAGGUCGUCAAUGGAUCCAUUUUGGAACUUUUGACCAGAACCAUCCAGACAGACAUUCGCUUUCCAUUUCGCUUAUCCUCAUUGAUUCAUUCACUGCUAAUCCAUUUCAAAUGGAUCUUUGGCAUCUAGAGCCGUCAAUGGCGGUGAAUGCGUUAGGGUUGUGGGUCUGACUUGGGGUGAGAGGCCAUUUACACUCUGGACUGGUCGCCACCCGACCACUUGGCACUUAUCCGCACACAAUGGACUGGUUGCCAGUGUACGUCAGGGCCCAUAUCGGCAAACGGACUCGUCGACAGUCCUUUUUAAGGCGCAAAUAGAAAAACCAUAGACCAGUCAACUGUUUAUGGCAAGGCAGAUUUAGGCCAACAAUAGACUGGUCACCAGCAUAUAGAAAAAUCGGGACAAAUGUUGGAACUGUUCCGCAGCCAAUGUGUUGGCAUCAAACACAUCAUGAACACUCCUCAAUAGUAAGAGUCUUAUCCAUGACUUCUUCGUUUAAAUGUGGCAUGCUUCUUCUCAUUACUGUCGCCAAUGCUAACUGUUGGCCGAGUUUAGUUCUCUGCCCGACGUAACCUGAAGCUAACGGCAAGCACGCUCAUGUAAAUGAUGUCACGCUUGUGUCUCGUGUAAACAGCCAAUAAACCGCACUCCCAAUGUGA